UUACAGAAAAAAAAUUUAAUGAGCAUCUUUACGAACCAUCAGGGGAGUUUCAUAACUUCUGCCGCAUGAGUUUCACAGAUUUUGAGUAUUUGCUAGACAAAAUUUCUCCUCUGAUUUCGAAACAAGAUACGGACUUCAGGGAAGCUAUACCAGCGAAAUAUCGUCUAGCAAUAACACUAAGGUUUAUCGCAAGUGGUGACAGUUAUAAAAGUUUACACUAUUUAUUCAAAGUGUCUCCCCAAGCAAUAUCAAAAAUUAUACCUGAAGUCUGCAAAGCAAUUAAUGCUGUUCUAAGAAAUGAAAUAAAGAUGCCAUCAACGGCUGAUGCUUGGAUGAAUAUAGAAAGAGGGUUUAGAAGAAAAUUUCCACACUGUCUUGGUUCCAUAGACGGCAAGCAUAUUAAUAUAGAAAGUCCACCUCAUAGCGGAACUGAAUAUUUAAAUUAUAAGAAAACGUUCAGCAUCGUUCUAUUGGCAUUAGUUGAUGCCCACUACAAAUUUAUAUUUGUUGACAUAGGAUGCCAAGGGAGGAUUAGCGAUGGUGGCGUCUUUAAUAAUUCAUUACUGUGGAAAAAAAUCUGUAAAAAUGAAAUUGAUUUUCCUAUACCAUGCCCACUUCCUGGAUCGGACGUUAACGUUCCAUACGUUUUCACAGGAGAUGGUGCUUUUGCAUUGAGCAUGCAUGUUAUGAAACCCUACCCAGGACAGCAUAACAUCGGAACAUAG